GAAAAGGUACAAUACAUGGCGUACAAGUGACUCGACGAAUCCGAUAAAAGCUCUUUCUCUGUGCUUUUUUUUUUUUCUUUUGAUUUUUUUUUCUAGAAAUGAUAUAAAUACCAUAUUGGUUCGUGUGUUUCUUAGAUAAAAAUGGUCAAUGAUGAUGAAAUCAUGAAAUGAGAAGAUAAAAAUUUUCACUCCCGCCCAUAACUCUCUCUCUCGAUCUCAUCGCCUUAGCUUUCGAUUCGAUUUCCUGUCAAAAGAAAAAAAAAACCCAAUAUCUAACCCUAAUUUCUGUCUUUCUAUCUUUUCUAUUUGUUUAGAUAUACAAUUGGGUGUCUUCUACUUUUCCAUUCAUCCGAUCUAGAUUUGCUGCGAAGUACUCGAAUUAUAAUACAGGUAGUAAUGUGUAAGAUCUGGGCUACUAGUGAACCCUUUCUUCAGCCAGUUUUUGCAUCUUAAGGAACAUAAAAUGUUUCAAGAAGAUUUUUCCCACUUGGUUCAUCAGUGCCUAUGAUAAAAAUGUGCUGGUUAUGAACCUUCUACUGCAUAUGGGUUUUCAGGGAAUCUUUUUUCCAACCUUUUCCUUUUGCAUCUUAGGGAUAUGAAAUGAGCAUGCAAAAGGUUUCCAUUUGAUCAUCUGAUUGCUAUGAUGUGUGUCGGAAUUUGGCAUCUUUUUCAGAUCCUUCCUUGUAUAGUUACUCUCCGGUUGUGUUAAGUUUAUAUAACUGAUUAUAUUCCCGAGUCAUAAAAUGUAUGUCUGGGAAAAUUGUAGAGGUCAAACUAGGUAGGUGUCUUAGGCCUCCAUUGAAGCAACAGCUAUCUAAAUCUGCUUGGUGGGCUUUUCACCACUGUUGUUGGAGGUGUUUUCUUUCUCAGAUAGAUUUCAGACCUGUCAUUCAGAUUUAGCAGCUUAGCAGCUUAGCAGCUAACAUCAAUUGUGGAUAACUUUUCAUUGUUGCUAUCCGUGGUUUGGGCAUUAUGAAGGCUUGUUGCCACCACUUUUCUUAGUCAGGCUUAGUUGGAAAUGGCAAAAGGUAGCAGGGCACGACGUGGGACUGCUUCCCGACAAUGCAGGCUGGCACCAUACUCGUUGCCAUCCUGUGAUCGGGAUGUUUCAGAGGACUUGUAUUUGAAGAAAUCCUCAAAAAUGUUCGACAAGAAAGAUUGGGAAGAUGUCACUUGUUCUGUAUGUAUGGAGUGCCCACACAAUGCUGUUCUUCUGCUCUGUUCCUCUCAUGACAAGGGUUGCCGUCCCUAUAUGUGCGGAACUAGCUUUCGAUAUUCUAAUUGUCUUGAUCAGUAUAAGAAGGCUUACACUAAAGUUACGUCUUCCAAUGGUACUGCUGAUAACUCUAUUCUGUUAUCAGAUUCAGGUUGGCCUGUUGACAAGUGUGAAGUCACAGAGCUUGCCUGCCCACUUUGCAGGGGCCAGGUGAAAGGAUGGACUGUGGUAGAACCUGCCCGAGAUUAUCUAAAUGCUAAAAGAAGAAGCUGCAUGCAGGAUGACUGCUCAUUUGUUGGAACUUUCAAGGAGCUAAGGAAGCACAUGAGGACAGCUCACCCUUCUGCACGGCCACGUGAAGUUGAUCCAAUGCUUGAGCAGAAAUGGAGAAGGCUUGAGAGGGAGCGAGAACAUGAUGAUGUAAUUAGUACUAUAAGGUCUACAAUGCCUGGGGCAAUGGUUUUUGGGGAUUACGUAAUAGAGGGAAAUAAUCAUGGUUUUGAUUCCGAUGAAGAGAAUGGGGGUUUUGAUGCAGAUGCUGCUGAGAGGAAUGGAGGUUUAGAUGUGGGUUUUGAUCGAAACCUGGUGAAUGUAUUUUUGCUAUUGCAUGCAUUUGGGCCAUCAGGUGAUGGUCUUAGCAGACGGCUGAGGCAGCCUGAGAGAUCCAGCUACCGAGCAUCGAAUGAGAGUGCUACUGAUACUCACCAUGUCUCUCCAGUCAAUGGUUUGAACUCCUCAGAUGAUGAUAAUGACGGUGACAAUGACCAUGGUGAUGGUGGAUUAUCUCUUGUAAGCCGCCUGCGCCGCCAUGGCAGAGUGCUUUUGGGACGUUCAGGUAGGAGGCGCAGGCAUAGAGAAACCAGUGGAGGUCAGAGAUGAUUUGGCACAGUAGGUACAUAGUUGUAGGAAGGACGAGAUUUCUGAGAUAAAGAAACACAAAGAAAUUGACUUCAAAUUUCAUGUAUUUAUUUAAAUUAUGGUUUUGGUGGAAGGUUGGCAGGAAAAUUUAAUAUGAGAAGAAUGGCCGACCUUUCCAUCCCUGUUAUAUAUUAUCUUUAGAUAUAGUUCCCAAUUGCUUUCUAUGGUAGGUUAUGAAACAUUCUUCUAUUUGAAAAUAACCUUUGUAAACAUGUAUGUACACAUGUAUUUUCUUUAUUUGUACUCAUAAAACUGUAAUUUUCUUU